AUGUUUUCCAUUCCCACUGCACCGGCGAAGCAGUCGGUCGGUGAGACUAUCACCAUUCUGAGUGGUCGGUUGAGCUCAUCAACGCUCCUUGAAGAUCGCCGUGCUGCUAUACUCGGGUUGCGCAGCUUUGCAAAGGACUUCCCUGCCUCUGUCGCCUCUGGAGCUCUUCGCAGUCUCAUAGGCAGCUUGAGCAAAGAUGCCGAAGAUGUCGACACCGUCAAGGUCGUCCUCGAGACGCUGCUCAUGCUAUUCAGUCCCAACGAAGAUAGUCCAGAAGCCUCGGAGGAGAUUGCUCUCUGGCUUGCUGACGAAUUUACACAGCGCCAGGAGAAUGUCACGCUCCUGCUAGACUUUCUCGACUCCACCGACUUCUACUCGAGGCUAUACUCUCUCCAGUUGCUAGCUGCCAUCCUCUCUGCCCGAACCGAGCGCACAGAAGAGUGCAUCUUCACAGCCCCGCUAGGAAUAUCUCGCCUUGUCGCUGUGCUGGACGAUAGCCGCGAGGCCGUCAGGAACGAAGCCAUCACCCUCCUCACCUUCCUCACACCCUCGUCAACCGAUAUUCAAAAGCUUGUGGCUUUCGAAAAUGCCUUUGAUCGACUCUUUGGCAUCAUAUCUACAGAAGGUUCCCUUCCCGAAGGUGAUCGUGUCGUGGAGGACUGCCUGAUUCUUGUCGCAAACCUUCUUAGGAGGAACCCUUCCAACCAAUCAUUAUUCCGCGAAUCGGGCGGUAUUCAUCGUUUGUCUGUGCUGUUAGAAGGCGCUGAAAAGGCUCAACGGGUGGGUGCAGAAAUUGCAGCGUGGGCGCAGGCCCAGCGCGACAGGAACAUAUACGCGCUUCUGGCUGUCGUUCGUCUGUUUCUAGUAGCAGGGGCCGUGGGAACGCCGCAGAACCAGCUUGCCUUUUGGCAACAUGGCUUGCUGUUCCACGCCCUACAAUUGGCCUUCAGCCAUGUAGCCCAGCUUCCAAUCAAGGCCGAGGCUCUGGUAACCUGCGCCGACAUUAUUAGGGGAAACCCAAACCUUCAGGAAGGAUUCGCGCAGCUUCAAGUUCCGUCUCCCCUCGAACCGCUCGCGCCAGCCGAAUCUGGCCAAGCCAAAGGCUCCGUCAAAGUCUAUGUGAUUGAUGGUCUGUUGGACCUUACCCUCAGCGUCCAGGAUCUGGAGGCAUUCGAUAUGCGUUUGGCCGCGUGCGACUGUCUCAAGGCUUACUUCUACGGCCACGCCGAUAUUCGCUUACAUUUCCUGAGGAGAGCGAUUGAAGGGCAUAGUAUGGGAGCCGACGAGACGGCCAAUGUGCUGACGGUGCUCUUGCGGCCUUCUUCGGACGCAGCCGUCGCUAAUCCUUACCGCAGUUGGUUUGCCUCCACAAUCAUGAUGCACCUGGUUUAUGACAACCCGGAGGCCAAGAGCUUGGUCAUGGCUGUUUCAGAAGGCGAUGCUGAAAGCGGGGAGGAAGUCGUUACGAGUAUCCAGACCAUCGCUGCCCAUUUAAUAUCUGGAUUGAAGCGGGAUGAGGACAGCCGGGUUGUGGUAGGGUACCUCAUGUUGCUCCUUUGCUGGCUGUUUGAAGACUUGGAUGCAGUCAACGACUUUCUCGGUGAAGGCGCGAACACUCAAAGCCUUAUUCAGGCAGUGAACCAUCCAUACGCUACGGGAGACCUUGUCCAGGGUCUUUGUGCAAUGUUGUUGGGUGUUCUCUAUGAGUUCUCGACCAAGGACUCACCAAUUCCCCGAGCGGACCUCCAUUCUAUUCUUUUCUCUCGAAUGGGCCGCGAACGAUAUAUCGAUAAGAUGUCUAAACUGAGAAGCGACCCGCUGGUGAGAGACUUUGAGGUGACCCCUCAGAAUCUCAGUAAUUCCGGUUCAGGCAGCCUGCCUGAUGUUUACUUCGAUUCCACCUUUAUCGACUUCUUCAAAGACAACUACAGCCGAAUUUUGCGCGGCAUCGACCGAGACCCUGGCCUGGAAAUUUCCGUGGUCAAGAAUGGCGUCCAAACAGGGGUUUCCAGAGAACUCGUAGACUCGCUGCGGAAUCAAUUGGCUGAAAAGCAGCAGGCUUUGCAGGAAGCUCAAGUCAGCUUAGAGACGUUAAGUCGACAACUCGGCCAGGAACAAAACGACCAUCGGCGAAUUCGGGAGACGACUGCCAUGGAACUGGCGAGAAUCAACCAAGUCAAUGAGGGGAUGCAGAGACAACACGACGCAGAGCUACGGAAUCUUCAAAGUAAAAUAACAAGUCUUCAGGAAGAGCACAAGAAGCGGAUUGAGCAGAUAUCCUGGAAGAUGGAAUCUCAGGCUGCAGCCAUGGAACAGCGAUACAGCAAGCAAACAGAGGAGGAUCAAAGAAGGGCAGCCGCUCACGUCGCAGCCCUUGAGAAACAGAACGAGAAGCAACUUGAGGAGGUACAGAGAAACGCAGCUUCUCAGAUCCGGGCGCUCGAGGAGGAGCUUGAAAAACAGGCCGAGCAAGCGCGGCAGAUCGCCAAAGCCCAAGCAGCCUCACAGUCUGAGGAACAUCGCAAGCAGUUAGAACAGGUGCGCAAGACGGCCGAGUCGGAUGCACAUCGCGUUCGCCAUCGGUCUGAGGCGGACAUGGCAGAUCUCAAGGCUACCAUAAGCCGUCUUGAGGUUGAUCUCAUGAAGGUGACUAGACAAUCGCAAUGGUACUUGUAUGUAGAGCUGACCCAUUCACAGACCAAGAAGACCAAGGUGCAGGAGAUCCAAGCCACCCGGGAACAGCUUGAAAAGAAGGCGCUCGACCAGGAGAGCCUUUUCACCAAAGCCAACGCCCGUGUGGAGCAACUAGAGAAGGACCUACGUGAGACGCGAGAGAGGGUUGCCCAGUGCGACGUGAUUAUCAAGAAGGCCGAGGAAGAUAGGAAAGCAACUCAGAAUGAGCUUGAUGAUUUGCUCAUGGUAUUUGGCGACCUAGAAGAGAAGGCAGCCAUGUACAGGGCAAAACUCAAAGAGCUUGGAGAAACGGUAUCUGAUGGCGAAGAAGACGAGGAUGAAGGCAGCGAGGAGGAGGAAAAUGAAGAAGAAGAUGACCAAGACAAAGAUGAAGACGGCACAAAAAGCGAGGAUCCGAAAGGCAUAUCAAACUAA